GCAGGAAGCAGAUCUAUGGCCAUAAGAAGGAACAAUACAACUGUCACAAAAUUCAUCCUCCUGGGAUUUUCGGAUCAGCCUCAAAUGACUAUUUUCUAUUUUGUGUCAUUUCUGGGGAUUUACCUCCUGACCCUAGCCUGGAACAUGAGCCUCAUCGUCCUCAUCAGGAUGGACUCCCACCUGCACACGCCGAUGUACUUCUUCCUCAGUAACCUGUCCUUCCUAGAUAUCUGCUAUGUGUCCUCCACAACUCCCAAAAUGCUCUCUGACAUUAUCACAGAACAGAAAACCAUUUCCUUUGUUGGCUGUGCCAUGCAGUACUUUGUCUUCUGUGGAAUGGGGCUGACUGAAUGCUUUCUUUUGGCAGCCAUGGCAUAUGAUCGGUAUGCUGCAAUCUGUAACCCAUUGCUCUACACAGCCCUCAUUUCCCAUACACUUUGUUUAAAGAUGGUGGCUGGGGCCUAUGUGGGUGGAUUUCUUAGUUCUUUGAUUGAAACAUACUCUGUCUAUCAACAUGAUUUCUGCGGGCCCAACACAAUCAACCACUUCUUCUGUGACCUUCCUCCAGUCCUGGUUCUGUCAUGCUCUGAUACCUUCACCAGCCAGGUGGUGAACUUCAUUGUAGGUGUUGUUGUUGGAGUGGUAUCUGUCCUUGUGGUCCUCAUCUCUUAUGGUUACAUUGUUGCUGCUGUCCUGAAGAUCAGCUCAGCUAAAGGUAGGACCAAGGCCUUCAGCACCUGUGUCUCUCACCUGACUGCUGUGACCCUCUUCUAUGGUUCUGGUCUCUUCAUGUACAUGCGACCUAGUUCCAGCUACUCCCUAAACCGGGACAAGGUGGUGUCCAUAUUCUAUGCUGUGGUGAUCCCUAUGGUGAAUCCCAUCAUCUAUAGUCUUAGGAAUAAGGAGAUUAAAAGUGCCAUGAGGAAAGCUGUGGAAAGGCAUUAUUUGCUUUCUCAUGGGCAUUCAUUUUUCUGACCCCAAGCUAAUGUUUACAAUGAAGCUGUGAGCAGGGUCAA